AUGGACCAGCAUGGACCAGCAUGGACCAGCAUGACCAACAUGGACCAACAUGGACCAGUAUGGACCAGCAUGGACCAGUAUGGACCAGCAUGGACCAACAUGGACCAGCAUGGACCAACAUGGACCAACAUGGACCAGCAUGGACCAGCAUGGACCAACAUGGACCAGCAUGGACCAACAUGGACCAGCAUGGACCAGCAUGGACCAACAUGGACCAGCAUGGACCAACAUGGACCAACAUGGACCAACAUGGACCAGCAUGGACCAUCAUGGACCAACGUGGACCAGCAUGGACCAACAUGGACCAACAUGGACCAGUAUGGACCAACAUGGACCAACAUGGACCAACAUGGACCAGCAUGGACCAUCAUGGACCAACGUGGACCAGCAUGGACCAACGUGGACCAGCAUGGACCAACAUGGACCAACAUGGACCAGUAUCGACCAGCAUGGACCAGCAUGGACCAGUAUGGACCAACAUGGACCAGCAUGGACCAGCAUGGACCAGCAUGGACCAACAUGGACCAGCAUGGACCAGCAUGGACCAGCAUGGACCAGCAUGGACCAUCAUGGACCAACGUGGACCAGCAUGGACCAACAUGGACCAACAUGGACCAGUAUGGACCAGCAUGGACCAGCAUGGACCAGUAUGGACCAACAUGGACCAACAUGGACCAGCAUGGACCAGCAUGGACCAUCAUGGACCAACGUGGACCAGCAUGGACCAGCAUGGACCAACAUGGACAAACAUGGACCAGUAUGGACCAGCAUGGACCAGCAUGGACCAGUAUGGACCAACAUGGACCAGCAUGGACAAACAUGGACCAGUAUGGACCAGCAUGGACCAACAUGGACCAGUAUGGACCAACAUGGACCAGCAUGGACAAACAUGGACCAGCAUGGACAAACAUGGACCAGUAUGGACCAGCAUGGACCAGCAUGGACCAGCAUGGACAAACAUGGACCAGCAUGGACAAACAUGGACCAGCAUGGACAAACAUGGACCAGUAUGGACCAACAUGGACCAGCAUGGACCAGCAUCCGCCUCCGACUCGGCAGCCGCCUCCGCCUCCACAUCUGACUCCACCUCCGCAGCCGCCUCCGACUCCAGGCGGGAAAAUCCAGCAUGGCGACAUCCGUGCCAGAGCUGCUGAGGGAGGCCACAGCUGCCCUGGAGCCGAGGAACCAGCGGGAAACAACAGGACUCCACCAUACUCCCACCACGUCAACGACGACACCUUCUGCUCCUGA